UGAGGCUAUUGCAUCACGUGAAACAGGGUGUUAUUAGAUGUUGGAUGUGUAGAUUGAGAUGAGAUAAGCACUUGCGGAUCGGUCCGAACUUCGAAAGCUUUAUAUCUUCAAUAUACAGAAUGGGAUGGAGGAACUCUAGACGAAAUUGAAGAGAUGAAAGGACUAACACAAAUGACAACCCCGCCGUUGCCCCACUUUGUCUCGUUCCUUGCUUCAAACUGCACCUUCCUAGAGCAAGAGUGACAUCCUUCCUUCUUGGCAUCCAUGACGAACAAGUCAACUGUGAUUAAAAAUCUCGCAUAGUUCGUUCAAGCUUCGAUCCACCCUACAGUAUCUCCCACGCCUCAACCAUAACCAUGCCUCAAACCUGGCUAAUAGUCGGCGCCACCCGAGGAAUCGGUCUCGAAUUCACCUCUCAACUGCUCUCGCUAGGCUACAUCGUCCUAGCCACAGCCCGAGCCCCAGCCACCACUCCAUCAGUUCACUCCGGCAAUGCAUCCAACCUCUGGUCUCUGACUGGUACGCCGAAUGGUCACAACCUCACCAUACUGGAAUGUGAUGUUAGUGAUGAGGCUAGCAUCAAAGAUUUCACAGAACGAAUUAGGAAGUUGGGAAGGAAGGGAUGUGUGCUCGAAAAGGGAAUCAUCGAUGUCAUGGUACUGAACGCCGGAGUAAUGGAAUAUCCAAACAGGAUCUCGGAGAUAUCCUUCCAAGCCUUCUCCCACCACUUAAAUACAAACACAAUCGGCCCUCUCCUAACCGCCUCUUCCCUCCUAACCCUCUCCUCCCUACCACCACUCACUCUUCCCUCGGUCCCACCAAACCCCGACGUUCCGCUAUCUCCCUUCCUGCCCUCCGUCCCGAUCAAUAUCCACACCCUAGUCUUCAUGUCCUCGGACUCCGGCUCAACAGCUCUCUUCCGUAGCCACGAAGACGGUUUCGGGGCUUACGCCGCCUCGAAAGCAGCGCUGAAUCAAGGACUGCGCCAUCUCGCUGCGGAAUUGCAAAGAAAGGGGGUUAGAGACGGGAGUAAGGCACCGGUUGUGUUGGCGAUUCAUCCUGGCGAGGUGGCAACAGAUAUGGCUGCGAAUGUGAAUUUUGAGUGGGAGGUUGAGGGAAUUAUUUCGCCCGAGGAGAGUGUGAGGUGUAUGUUGAAGGUGGUGGGUGAGAAGGGCUGGGGAGGUGUAGAUGAAGGUGGGAAUGUGAGUAGGCAGGGGAGAGGCGAGCAGGGAGAAGCAUAUUUCUGGACGUGGGAAGGUAGGAGGUAUCCUUGGUGACGGAUAAGUUCAUGUAUGAAGAAGAAAGAUUAGAGCGUAUGUGAUUCAAUCAUUCUAUUUGCAGCGUUGUACGUACACUUUUCUCCAUCCCGUAUUUUACAAGUCGCCUCAUUUUUUCCCUUUCCUCUUCAGCAAACAAUGAUCUCCCCAUUUUCUCCUAUACUUCUCU